ACUGGUGAAAGAUAUAUGAAGUGUUUGCAAGACAUAAAUUGAAAUUGUUGACAUGUAAUCCUAUUACAGAACGACUAAGCCUGACGUUAAAGCUCGGGUCAUUCGCCGUUCUUAGCGGUAGGCUCGCGUAUUUCCUCCAAACAGUUCCUAAUGUCCACAGCGCUGUUAUUUCUGCGCGAGAGAGAUAGUCACGUCUGCUGAACUCAGAAUGUGACGUUUCUGUUACAGCUAAGAAUUUUGUUUUCUUCUUUGACGUCUGCUCUCACCUGAAUUAAAAUAUCUUACCGGAAGUGUUUAUACUGCAGCUUCGAGGCAAGUCAGUUUUCAACAAGUUUAUGCGCAUUAUAUGAACUUUGGUUAUUCAUCAUCGGACAAUAGAAGUUACGCAAAGGAAAAGGAAACAAACUAAACAAAUAACCAGCAAAACAAUAACAAGAUGAUCCAAAUGAUGACGGAUGUACGUUUUUACUAGAUAUAGUAUUAUUUUCUACGGAUUAUAUGUGACGGGGUGAAAAAACAAAGUAGAAGAAUUUUGUUUACCAGGACUUAUGUUUUCUAUCGAUCUCACCGCGGUCUUACUGGGCUCUAUUGCCCUGGCUUGCCAGCUAGGAGGGUUGCUGGUUCCAGGCUGGUGGGUGGUUGGAGAGCCUGGAGAAAACCGAACUGUUCAUUAUGGAAUCUGGACGACCAUAGUCUGCGAACAGGGCAGCUGUGAAGAAAGAGAAACUGACGCCUCAGGAAGAAAUGCCUGGAUCCAGGUGACUAAGGUGUUCGAAGUCGUUGCUGCCGUUCUGGUCGCCGUGGCGGUCACGCUGUACGCCGUCGGCCUCUUCAAGGCCAGUGGGGCUCACGUGCUCAAUCGACUGUUCGUCUGCCUGAUGGCGAUAGCAGGUACGUCCAUUGUGAUUGGAAUUGCAGUAUUUGCCAAAAAGUCCGCUGGUCUGGCACGGUAUCCAAAGCGCGAGACCUCUGGCGGGAAAGUGGAUUGGCCAAUCGGAUUGUCUGCCGCGGCCGCCAUUUUGUGCUUCCUCGACGCUCUCGCUGUGGGCCUGUUCCUUCGUACGAGCAAAUCUCUGUCGGAAAGCAAUUUAUUUGACAGCUGACUUCAUCCAGAUUGUUGUUGUUGUGCUGUGAAAUACGACGAGAAGGACAAAACAAAGAAAACAGAGCAUUAAUUUUGCAAAAGAGUAUCACUCGAUUUGCUUUUCAACACAUAGAUUGUUUCGAGUGCUUAUUACUGUUUAGCUACAAGUACAACCAACCCCCACCACAAACACAAAUAAACACGGACUGUUAAUGGUAAUAAAUACAUUCUGCGCCUUUAGAAUUGUGUACAUAAAAUAAAUUUAAUCAAAGUUUUGGAGUCUUAAGGACCGAUUUCUAUGUGCACGCUUUUUGGCUUACCAAUAACUGAUUUCAUACGAGUCCAUUUUAUACUGUUUUUCGCCUUCAGUUCCCAUUUCGCACGGCAAGCCAAAAAAUACACAUGGAAAAUGGCUCAAAUACCCAUUUUGAUUUUUGAUUCUACUAAGCUGAAUUUUGAGUAAUUAUGGAAAAGCAUAUUAGUGUAAAAUGUUAUUGCAAUGAACGACGAACUCAUUUAUGUGCAGAAUUUUUUUUUUUAGUGUAUACUUGUACUCUAGAACACAUCUUUUAAAUAAUGAAAUAUUCGAGACGAAUCAUUUAUAUCCUUUUGACAUCCAAUAGCCGAUGAUUAAUGAAUCGAUGUUCUCUAGUGGUGUUGUCAAACAAAACAAACUUAAUGUAUAUCCUUUGACAGUACAAAUCACCCCUGUACCCUUCGUGCACUAAAUGUAAUUUCGAUCGCUCUGUUAUUGUAUAUAAAUUGGGGUAUGAAUAUAUUAACAUGAAUGAUGACGUUUGUAUGAUGUAUUCCACUGGCGACGAGUUCGUCAUACAAAUAAAAGGAUCAUUUACUUUUUUAUGACGUAUGUUCGACAUCAGUGAUAUAUGAUUACAUUGCAGGGGCCCAUUUCACAAAAUAUCGUGAGUUUACGUCUGCGACUAGCAGUUAUACCAGUCAUACGUUUAGACGUGUUUGGCAUCUAUUUCACGCAGAAAAUUAUAUCAUUACGGAAGAUGGUGCAUUUUAAUGACAAAAGGAAAUGAAAUAUGUGUACUUAAAACUAUAUUUGUUGUACUUACGAUGGUAAUAAGAAUUGUGUUUUACUCGUAGGUUUGUGUUUAAAACUAGGCUUACUAUGUUUUGUCAAAUUGGGCCCAGGGCUGUACCUAUUCGAGGGGAAGGGGGCAGAUAUCAAUUGCCCCAUUGCCCUUUUAGUUUAGAAGUUCCAUUUUUAUCCGCCCAGAGAAGACCCUGUAUUACUUUGCUAGCUAGAUUUUGUUUUAUUGGACCACUUGUUAUUUUAGAGUAGGUUCGCCACUGUAAAAUAAUUACAUGUCAUAAUAAAAUAUUCAGAUGUGCAAAAGACUCUGUAACCAGCAAACUGUGUUAUCGUAAAACAAGGACGUAUACGAGAGUGGUUUGUCGAGUUGCUAUGGAAACGCAUAUUCCAUACUUAUGUAUUACAAUUUAACAUCAAUGUUAUGUUUUGCACAGGUAUGUACAAAUAAAAAAGGAAUAAUU